GAGCUGUAGGGGUGAUGUCAUCGCGGCGCGACUACAGGAAGUAAGAUCCUGUCCUGUGCAGCUCGGGAUUCCGAGCUCCAGCCUCGGACAGUGCUGCGAUCUCCUCUCCCUUCUAAUCCUAUCCGCGAUGGACGAUGCCCGCGAGUCGCCCACAGACAAAGGCGGAGAGACAGGGGAGUCGGAUGAGACCGUCGCUGCGCCCGGGGACCCGGGGGCUACCGACACGGAUGGAAUCCCAGAGGAAACUGAUGGAGACGCAGAUGCGGACCUAAAAGAAGCUGCAGCGGAGGAAGGCGAGCUCAAGAGUCAGGAUGUCUCAGAUUUAACAGCAGUUGAAAGGGAAGACUCAUCAUUACUUACUCCUGCAGCCAAAAAACUGAAAAUAGAUACCAAAGAAAAGAAAGAGAAGAAGCAGAAGGUAGAUGAAGAUGAGAUUCAGAAGAUGCAAAUCCUGGUUUCUUCUUUUUCUGAAGAGCAGCUGAACCGUUAUGAAAUGUAUCGCCGCUCAGCUUUCCCUAAGGCAGCCAUCAAAAGGCUGAUCCAGUCUAUCACUGGCACCUCUGUGUCUCAGAAUGUUGUUAUUGCUAUGUCUGGCAUUUCCAAGGUUUUCGUCGGGGAGGUGGUAGAAGAAGCACUGGAUGUGUGUGAGAAAUGGGGAGAAAUGCCACCACUGCAACCCAAACAUAUGAGGGAAGCUGUUAGAAGGUUAAAGUCAAAAGGACAGAUCCCUAACUCGAAGCACAAAAAAAUCAUCUUCUUCUAGACCAAAGUCUAGAAAGGCCUGUUACUGACAGAAGAAGUAUUGGUUCCGGACUUCCUGUAAGACUGGCUACUGGUGCUUUAGUAUCUCAGUCCUCCAAGGAUUCCAUGAUUUUAAUGUCUCUCAAAACUCUUGAUUAUUCGUCACACCUAGAAAGUAUGUAGCCUGUUUGAUACUUGCCUUGACAAAUUUUGGGACCUCUUGGGGCAUUUUGAAGUAUUUGUCUUGGCCAGUUGGAAGAAGUGUGGGCCAUAAACAUUUUCUGGACAGGAGAACUGCUUUCAGAGAGAAAAAUCUUUCCAAGAGGUUUUUUUUUUUUUUUUUUUUAGAUAGGGUCUUGCGUGUCACCCAGGCUAGAGUGCUGGAGUGCAGCGGCAUGAUUGCAGCCUUGAAUUCCUGGGCUUAAGUGACACUCCCACCUCAAUCUCCUGAGCAGCUAGGACUACAGACACACACUACUGUGUCCAGUUAACUUAUUUUUAUUUUUUAUGGACAUGGGGUCUUGCUUUGUUGCCCAGGCUGGUCAUGAACUCUUGGCUUGAAGCAGCCCUCCUGCCUCAACCUCCUUAAGUGCCAAGAGCUUUAAUGGUUUCACAUUGAAGCCUAAAGUUGCUAAGACUUAAAGUUCGUUUCUUACAACCAGUUUUAAGUAGAUGAAACCACCAGAAACUUUGACUUGUGAUACUCUACCAUGAAGGACGUGGUAAAGGCAGGAAUCGUGGAAUAACUGGUGCUUGUAAACAUUUAAGAUUCUCCUGUGGAUUUUGGUGAGUGAUCAUUAAACUGUUUUCCAACUUG